UUUGGAAAUGUCAACAAGGAAUUUGGAAGGAGCCCUUCCUCCAAUAAAGAAUUUGAAAGGAGGAUCGAAGUAUUCUGAUGGUGUUUAUAUCACACAAUUACUUGAUAAAGCAGAUAGAUCGAUGUCUUUGAGUUAUAGGAAGAGAAUGGAUGAUGCGAUCUUUGGGGAGGUUUCGAAGAUUCCUGUUUUUAAUGACUUUAAAAAGGAUAUCGAGGAUUUGGAAAAAUCAGAUGAGUUUAGAAUGAAUUACAUUAAAAGUAGAAGCUUUGCAUUACUUCCAAAAGACUCUAAGACUUCAGUAAAGCCUGUCAAACCACCGUCAAUUCUCUUUAAGAUUUAUUCAAAGCUACUCAAUUCUGAAAAUGCGGCAAAGACAAUAUCUGCUAUCAAGAUUAUGCUGAAACUUUACUUUAAGAAGAACGGUAUUUCGCCACCAACAAAUGUUGAAGAACAACCUGGUGAGAUUGACCCGAUAAGUGAAGAAGAACUUGCCCUUCAGACUCUGAUUGAUGGUCACCUUCAUUUACUCAAGACAGUCAGGAACAAAAUUGAGCUACUACUAAACGGCACUGACCUUGAGCCUAUGAACAAGCAUAGAAAGCAUUGGAAUCAGGGCUAUAUUAGUGCUCGGACACCUAAUGAAGCCUCAGAUGUAGCAAAUACUAAAGACCUUAAAUCUAGAUUCAAGCUCGCCAUUGGCGAGCUUAAUCACUGGGUCAAAGAUGUCAUCGAACAAGUCAUUAUCAAGAAGAGAGCUUGCGAAAUGCAAAUGAUUGAUACCCAAACUGAGCUAAAGAAACUGACAGCCACUCAUCAAAAGCUCUGCACUCAAUUUGAGAAGCUUAAAAUCGAAAAAGCAAAGAAAAUCACUGAGCUUGAAGGAACCAAACAGGAGCUAUCUGCUAUCAAUGCAAAGCUGAAUAAUAAAUUCAAAGAGCCUAAUAAGGUAGAGACUAGUGUGCAGACAUUGGUCAAUUGCAAGAAUGUACCGUUCACGAUUGUCGCUGAAAAGAUUCUUGAAGCUAAAAUCUCUAGUAAAUUAAAACCUAUAAUGUCAAUAAUCCACAAACUUGAGGAGGGCAAGAUUGACGACAUCCCGCUACCAAAGGAUAAGGUUGCUGACUUUAUGCAUUCUGCAUAUAUCAAGAAGGCUGAGAGCAUAACGACUCAUAACAACUCCAUGCUAAACUUUGAAGAUAUCUUGUACAGUAUUUUCGAGCAAAGAUUCCUAUUCAAGAAGAAAAUAAGGAUCAAGUGUCAACAAUUCUUGAUCGGGCUUCGUGAGUACUCACUUACAGAUGAACGUAUGGAUGAUUUUAAGAAGUUCAUAGGGUUUGAGAACUCUAAUAAGUACCCACCAGAGAUUCUAGAGCUGUAUAUUAAGACGAUGAAGUCCACAGAGGAGAGUUUUUCUGUGAUCCUAUCAGAAGAAGCUGAAAACAUCAGCUUGGCUAUUGAGAAGGCUUAUAAAAACAUCCUUGUUGUGUUUAGCAACGCCUCUGAUCUGAUGAAGCAAGAGAUAUUGAUAUCAAUGAUCUAUGAGUCCAAUUUUUACUGUGACGGAAAGCUUCAACAUGCUAAAAAGGAGUACCAGAGAAUUCGGAAAUUCAUACUAAGCAAAGUCAGGAAUGAAGAAGAAAAAACUGAAUUCACUAGUAAUGUAGAGGUCUUGUUACCUGAGAUUAUUAAGGAAGAUCUAGCAGAAGGAACCCUACAAAAUUAUGUUUAUAAGGACUCAAAGAGUUUCAUGAGGUUCACCCAUGAGAUGAGAAUUCCAAUUAAGAAAAUUCUGUCAAUAGGGCUAAGGACAGCGAUUAGAUUUUAUGAAACUGCAAAAGCAUUCUACUCUAAGUUGUUCAAUACUGCUGAUGCUAACAAUGAUGGAUAUAUUGAUUACUAUGAGUUUACAAAUCUCAUUAAAAGCAUUGAUCCUGAGAGACCAAGAUGGAAAAUUAUUGCUAUCUUUGAAAUGACCGCUGGAGGCUCAGAUGGCACAAAUGUCCUGACUGAAGAUGUAAAAAUUAAUUUCAACCAGUUCCUAGAAUGCGCUCUUUCUCAUUCAUUAAUGAACAAUCUUAUGGGAGGUCAAAAUGCAGGUAGAAAGAAGAAUAACUGAGAUGAAAUUCUUUCUGAAAUUGAUCAAAUAAUGACUGAAAAGAAGCCGAUUCACAACUCAGACUUACUCAAUGAUCUUGAGGGAGUAUAAAAGCUGCUGGCAUGAUUUCAUUAUAAAAAUUCAA